CUCCGGCAGAUUCCCACGCCCAAAACACAACACCCACAAGUCAAUCUGCCAUUGGUUGUCGAACACGCUGUUAACUUUCAUCUUCACAUCUCUUUGGUCUUUAUCCUUGAGUAUCUUCUACAUCUUUUGUCAUUGAACUAUCCGCAUCGAAAUUUCGAGAGGUCAGAAAAUGGCUGAACCAGUACCCACCUCCACUGAACCAGGCGUUCAGCCAACUCCUACCACGACUUCCCCCACAGCUCCCACCCCGUCUGAGGCACCCGUAGCUACUACCAAUACUACUGCCGCAGGUGCAGAUGUCGCUCAGCAAGCUACACCUGCUCCACCGGAACCUGCACAGACUGCAAGCACGACUGCUACCACCACCACCCAGCAGCAGCAACAACAACAAGCUCCCGCUGUCCCUACUAACGCACCUACCACGGCUGCUUCGAACACUACCGGUCCAGUCUGGCCUGAACUUGCCGCCUCGCAUCCGCUCAAAGAUUUGCAGUCGAAAUUGCCCAAGCUCUUGAAGGAGGCCGACUAUGCUGAAGUGUAUGGUGUCACGCUCUCCGCUGAAGAGCCGACUCCAUUCAGCACGAACCUCAUUCUGCAAAAGUUCCUCCGCGCCAACUCGAACGACGUGGACAAGGCUUCAUCUCAGUUGUUUAGUACGCUGAAGUGGCGCAAGGAGUUCCAGCCUCUCAAGGCAAAGGAUGAGGUUUUUGAUGAGGAGAGAUUUGGAGGAUUGGGAUAUAUUACAGUCUUAGAUGGUGUCCCGAGUGCUGAUGGCAAAGGGCACAGUAAAGAAGUGGUGACUUGGAACAUUUACGGCGCAGUCAAGGACCACAAGGCUACCUUUGGAGACUUGAACGGCUUUCUCCGCUGGCGCGUUGCCCUCAUGGAGCGUUCCAUUGCACAGCUCAAUCUCUCGUCCGCUACUACUUCUAUUCCCGACCACGGUGCCGGAGCAGACCCGUACACCAUUAUGCAAAUCCACGACUACCUCUCAGUCAAGUUCUUGCGCAUGGACCCCAAUAUCAAAGCCGCAUCCAAGAAGACGAUUGAAAUCUUCCAGGCGCACUACCCCGAGACUUUGAGCCGCAAGUUCUUUGUCAAUGUUCCUGUCGUGAUGGGCUGGGUCUUUGGCGCCGUCAAGCUCGUCCUCGCCAAGGAGACCGUGCGCAAGUUCACCGUCCUCAGUUAUGGAGAAUAUCUUGUCAAUGAGCUCGGUAGCAACGUGCCCAAAGCGUACGGUGGUAAAGGACCCGAGCUCAAGGAAUUGGGCGAGACGGUCAAGUUGGAGCCAACCAAGCAGGCGGCCACUGCUCCUGAACCACCCUCCUCCACCACCGCUGCGGCUAGCGGAAAGGAGACUGCGGCCGGCGAUGAAGCCACUGCGGCUACCACCACUACUGACGCUGCCGCUGCGGCACCCGGCGCCCCUUCUGUCCCGGCACCUACCGGCACAUCGUCCUCUUAACUUUGGAACUUGGGAUCUUGCAGCACCAGCCCCCGGCCCCCCCCCCCCC